UAAAUAUGCCAUUGUCAUCGCCAUUGCCAUUGCCUUUGCCAUUCCCAUAGUUAGCGGAAGCUCUCAAAACUCUUCAAUCCUUCCAAAUUCAAAACCAUGGCUCUCGAAACUUGGCUAAUCAAGGUAAAAAACGCCGUCUCUAACAAAUUCGAUGUCGUUCGAGCUUCUUCAACCGCCCCCAAUUUCAAACCCACGUCCUCUAAGAAAUCCCCAAACGUCGCUGUUUUGUCCUUCGAAAUCGCCGGCCUCAUGUCCAAGCUUUUGCAUCUAUGGAACUCUCUCUCCGAUCACAACAUUACUCGUCUUCGUAAUCAAUCCAUUUCUCUCGAAGGUGUCCAUAAAAUUGUCUCUAAUGAUGACGAUUUCCUCCUUGCUCUUGCUUGUGCUGAAAUCACUGAAAAUCUUCGUCUCCUUGCUAACUCUGUUUCCCCUUUGUGCAUCAAAUGUGACCAUCCUGAUCUUCGCUCCUUCCAUCGCUUGUUUCUUGAAUUUGCUGACUCCGGUCGCGAUCUUCACAAUUGGCUAUUGAGCGAGAAGGAAAUGGAGUGUAGGAAUAAGAGAAUUGAGAGAUUAGUUACACUGACGGCGAAUCUUCAUAGAGAAAUGGAUGAGCUUUCAAUAAUGGAAACUGGGUUAAGAAAAACAGUUGCAAGUUUACAGUUAUGUCAACAAGAACAGAGCAAUAGUUCCACUCCACCAUUAGAGAUUUCUCUUAAAGAGCAAAAGAUCUUGGAUCUACAGCAGAAGAUCUUAUGGCAAAGACAAGAAGUAAAGUAUUUAAAAGAAAAAUCUCUUUGGAACAGAACAUUCGACACAGUGAUAUCAAUUCUAGCAAGGUCAAUUUUCACAACACUAGCAAGAAUUAAACUUGUUUUUGGUUUAGCACAUCAAUUCCCAUCUUCUCUCCCUCGUAGCCUCUCCGCCUCCGCCGCCGUUCACCCGCUCAAGAACUUAAACGACAACGCCAACGAUUCUGAUCCCACAACAACUAAAAACGGAUUCUUCGAAUCAAAUUUGAAACUUUUAAAGCCGCCACGGACGACACUAGGAGCAGCGGGGUUGGCCUUGCAUUAUGCCAACUUGAUCAUAGUCAUGGAUAAAAUGAUCAAGUCGCCACAACUUGUAGGUGUGGACGCAAGAGACGAUCUAUACUCGAUGCUACCGAAUAGUGUAAGGACGUCACUGAGAGCGCGGUUGAGAGGGGUCGGGUUCACGGCUAGCGACGCGUCAUUGGCAGGUGAAUGGAGGGAGGCAAUGGGGAGGAUAUUGGGGUGGAUGUCGCCAUUAGCACAAAACAUGAUAAAAUGGCAAAGUGAAAGGAGUUUUGAGCAGCAAAAUUACAUGGCACCAAAGACUAAUGUAAUGCUUUUGCAAACGCUUUAUUUUGCUAACAAAGACAAGACAGAAGCUGCCAUUACGGAAUUGCUUGUGGGGUUGAAUUAUAUUUGGAGAUUUGAAAGAGAAAUGACUGCUAAUGCCUUGUUUGCUUGCAGCAAUUUCAUUACCUCAUGAAGAUGGACAUAUGGAUUCAAUUUCUUUUUUUCUUUUUUUUUGGUUUGGUAAAUUCUCAAUAUCAUUGGAAGUGGACACUAGGGUUUGUUUUGGGCUGAUCUUUAACUCUGCAACAUGUAUAUUGUAAACUUUUAUCUAUGUAAAUGAAUAUGAUGAUAAGUUUAAUUUUAUUUAGUUA